UGAAUGAGCACCGAGCACGCCACACACACUACUGCUCCGCCCCGCGAGCAUCUAUCUACUUUUAGGAAGGCAUCUAUCUACAUACGAUUGGGAGUUCGAGAUGGACGAUCGUACUCUUGGCAAAGGCAGGAAGUGCGUCCCCUCGCCGUCGGCGGCGGCGGUGGCCAGGCGCGCCGUGCUUCUCCUGGCCGCCGUCGUGUUCGUGGGGUGGCUCAUGAUGUGGGCCAUGCUGCCGACCAGAACUUACAGCUCGACAUGGGCGCCGAAGCUUGCGGCGCUCACCGGCUUCGGGAAACAAGGGAUUAGGAUGACGGUGUACGCCUUCCCGGUGCUGUUCGUGUACGUUGUUGCGUGCGUUUACCUGCAUUUGCAGCAGCAGAAGGGGGGUGACCCUGACACCCAGCGCCGGACCAGUACGAGAAUAGCAGCAGCCUGGAGGAGACCCGUGCUGGUGAGAGGCCCGCUGGGGAUCGUGACGGGCAUAGAACUGGCCAUCCUUCUCAUGUUCAUGGCGCUCCUCGUCUGGUUCUACUACGCGUACAUCACCGUCGAGUUCUCCAAGCUACGCGUCAAGCCAGGCGAGAAACUGUGGCAGGCGGAGCUGGAGAAAGCGGCGAAGCGGCUCGGCAGUGUCGGGAGUUUGUGCUGCGCGCUGCUGUUCCUGCCCGUGGCACGCGGCUCGUCGCUCCUGCCGCUCGUCGGCCUCACGUCGGAGGCCGGCAUCAAGUACCAUGUCUGGCUGGGGAACACGGCCAUGGCCAUCUUCACCGCUCAUGGGCUCUGCUACGUCUUUUUCUGGGCAUCCACUGAUCAGAUCCACCUGAUGACGAAAUGGGCGAGGACGAGGGCCUCCAACGUCGCCGGGGAGCUGGCCUUGCUCUGCGGCCUCGCGAUGUGGGCGACGGCGCUGCCGCGCAUCCGCCGCCGGAUGUUCGAGCUCUUCUUCUACGCGCACCACCUCUACAUCCCCUUCAUCGUCUUCUCCGCGCUCCACAUGGGCGUAAUGGUGUUCUGCUACGUCCUGCCCGGCGUCUUCCUCUUCGCCGUCGACCGGUGCCUCCGCUUCCUGCAGUCGCGCGCCCGUGUCCGCCUCGUCUCUUCCCGCUUCCUGCCGUCCGGGGCCGUCGAGCUCAACUUCGCCAAAAGCCCCUGUUUGAGGCACAAUCCCACGAGCACGCUCUUCGUCAACGUCCCAUGCGUCUCGCGGCUCCAGUGGCACCCUUUCUCGGUGACGUCGAGCAGCAGCCUCGAGCCGGACACGCUCAGCGUCGUCAUCAAGAACAGAGGCGGGUGGACGCAGAAGCUGUACGAGACGGUCUCGUCUCUGCCCCCGUCCGGUGGCCACCUCGGCGUCUCGGUCGAGGGGCCGUACAGCCCGGCUGCCGGGGUCACGCCCUUCUUGGGCCACGACUCGCUGGUAAUGAUCAGCGGCGGCAUCGGCAUCACGCCGUUCAUCUCCAUCAUCCGCGAGCUGGUUUACCAGAGCGCCAUGGCAGAAACGGCGUCCAUGCCGAGGCUCCUCCUCGUCUGCGUCUUCAGGACGUCGGCCGAGCUCGACAUGCUGGACCUCCUCGUCCCGGCCUCCGGCGGCCUCAACGGCGCCCCCAGCCUCGACCUGCGCAUCGAGGCCUUCGUGACGAGCGAGAGCGAGCCCCGCACCGGCAACGACCCGCACAAGCGGCCUUGUCAACCGGUCUGGUUCAAGCCGUGGCCGUCGGACGCGCCCGUCUCCCCGGCGCUGGGAACCAACGGCUGGCUCUGGCUCGGCGCCGUCGUAUCCUCGUCGUUCGCCGCGUUCCUCCUGCUCGUCGCCGUGCUGCAGCGGUUCUACAUCUACCCGGUUGACCGAGACAGCAACCACGUGUACCCGUGGGCGGCCAGAACGAUGCUGAACCUGCUGUUCCUCGGCGUCAGCGUCGCCGCCGUCACCGGUGCGGCGUUCCUGUGGAGUAAGCGGGGGAGCGCCAGGGAGGCCAAGAAGAUAAAGAGCGUGGACGGGCCGAUGUCGCCGGUGUCGUUGCUCCACUGGGCUGGUGGAGGCGGCGUGGAGAGGGAGCUGGAGAGCAUGCCUGCGCAGCCUCUUGCGCAGGCAACCAAUGUGCACUUCGGUCACCGUCCCGAUCUCAAGAAGAUGCUGCUGGGGGUUCACGACGAAAACGUUGGGGUGAUGGCCAGCGGUCCGUCGGGGAUGCUUGAGGAGGUCGCGACUAUCUGCUCGUCUGGGCUGGCGAGCAACCUGCAUUUCCAGUCUAUAAGCUUCACCUGGUGAACAACCAAUUCCGAGCAUCUAGCUCAAGGGGAAGAGGCUUCGGUUCUACUUUCUACUACUCCCUCCGUCCCAAAAUAAGUGUCUCAACUUUGUACUAACUUUAGUACAAAGUGGUACUAAGGUUGAGACACUUAUUUUGGGACGGGACAGUAGUUCGUACAUCACCGUAGUCUGUUGUGUAGAUUUUUUUUUCUUGUUUGCGGGUUAGUACAAAGUUGUACUAAGGUUGAGACACUUAUUUUGGGACGGGGGCAGUAGUUCAUACAUCACCGUAGUCUGUUGUGUAGGUUUUUUUUUCUUGUUUGCGGGUAAAUGUUGUGUACCUAUUAUUCUCUCGUUUCUAAGACUAUCACCGUUUCUUAGCUCGAAA